AUGUCUUCGGCUGACCCGAGCGGCCUGGAGAUGGUCGUCGAGCGGCCCGAGACGGAGGACGGCGUCGUGCUCUCCAGGCUGGACCUGGAGGGCAUCGCCCGCCCGGAGCUCCUGACGAGCGUGCCCGUGAAGAGCGGUGUGGCUGAGGAGCUGUGCGACGUCCUGGAGCGACUGUGCGUGGCUUCGUCCAUCAAGCGGCACCCCGACCAUCCAGGCUUCGCCCUCCGCGUCUUCGAGCUCGCCCCCGCGGGCACGCGCGCCCACGAGCAGCCCCCCGCGGCGAGCGAGAAGGUGCCCCUGCUGGGGGCCCCGAGGCGGCAGGAGCCCGACGCCCUCCCAGCCGCGCUCGCGCUGCUGGCGCCGGGCCCGCCCGAGGACGUGAUGGAGCAGACGCUCAUAUGCGCCGGGCGAAGCUCAGUUGGAGGGGCUGCGCCGAGCUCCCGAAGUCCUUCCGCGAGCGGGUGCGCGGGCCCGCCCCUCUGCGGCCGUGGGAAGCUAGGGUGGGCUACCCCGUCGGCGGCAGCCACCGCAACUUGUCGGAGCUGGCGUGCUGGGUGGAAGGAGGGCCCGGACUCGUACCUGGAGGUUGACCUGGGUGCGGACUGCAGCGUGACAAACGUCCAAAGGGCCAGAAGCGGCGCAUACGUACGGUCGAACAUAUGA